CACCUCCUCCUCAACUUCCUCCUCCUCCUGUGUGGCUCAAACAGCAGGGAACGCCCCCCUGACGAGAACAAUUAAGAAUUACGCGUGAGAAGGAGUUUUCUAAUCUCUGAUAAUACUCUCCCAUGGACGGACAUCAUUUUUUACGCUUCGCAUGUUUGGUGCCGGAUUUAGUUUGCACGAUGGGUGAAGCAUUCAUUAGUUUUAGCCUAGUUUUCAUCUGCACUUUGGACAAUUGCGGCUCUUAAUGGAGCACAUGAUGCGUAAUGAUGAUGAUCUUUUGCGCACUCGUGAUGGAUUACCUGUGACUCCCCACAGUGCACCUGUUUAAUCUCCGCAGACUCCUGAAUUUGUGCGCGCUUUUGACUCGCUGGAAUGGAGCGCGAUCCAAGGCCCAGGGUUUGCUACCUGGUCAAAACAGAACACGGGUAUGGCUUCCAUUUGCACGGCGAGAAGAAUAAAGGUGGACAGUUUAUCCGGAAAGUUGAGCCCGGCUCGUCGGCUGACCAUGGCGGACUGAGACCCGGGGAUCGAGUGGUGGAGGUGAACGGGGAGAAUGUGGAGAACGACAGCCAUAGUCAGGUGGUGGAGCGGAUUCGAGAGGUACCUCAUCGCACCAGACUAUUAGUAGUGGACCGAGACACAGAUGAUUACCUUCACAGCUGUGGUCUAGCUUGCACAGAAGAUUUGGCCAUUGAGAUGGGGACCCUUUCCCCGCGUCUCUCACCAUCAACUUCACCCUUACCUCGGGAGACUUUGCCCAAGUCCCCUAAACAUGACCACACGCUUGUUGCUGCAAACUCGCCCACUAUUUUGGUCUCACCAGGCAAAGUGAAGAGGUCUUCUGUGACAUCAAGUACUGUGACAGACACAGAGCUACAGAUUGAGGCCUCUCCAGAGCCGUCAACUGAGCUCCUCCCUCGCCUGUGUCAUUUGGUUAAGGGGGAAACGGGCUACGGCUUCAACCUGCACAGCAAUAAGGCAAAGGGCGGACAAUUUGUACGCUCGGUCGACCCGCAUUCACCUGCAGAGAGGGCAGACGUCCGCCCAGGAGACCGACUGGUGGAGGUCAAUGGAGUGAACAUUGAGAGUCUGAAGCACUCUGAUGUGGUGGCGUUCAUAAAAGCAGAAGAACGAGAAGUGCGCCUCCUCCUUGUCGACCAAGAGACAGAUGAGCUUUUCCACAGACUUGGGAUCACACCCACAGCACGCCAUGUGUACAUGGAUGAAUCAGCUACCGAGCCUGCCUCAUCUGCCCCUUCUCCGACCUCCACCGAAACGCCAAUCAUUCAUGUCACACUGACAGACGCCGCUAUCACAAACAUGUCCCCUAAACAGAGGGCCAAUGGGAGUUACGCAUCCCAGUCCUCGACCAGCUCUACCACUCAAUCAGAGCUCAGUAGCUCUGACAUGAGUUUCCAGGUCCCUGAUGAGGAUGACUCGAGGGUUUUGGACCCUUUCAUGGAGAGCGGCCUGCGUUUGAGUCCUACAGCGGCUGAGGCCAAACAAAAGGUUCUCGCUCGACGCAACAAAAAAAGGGCGCCCCCUAUGGAUUGGAGCAAGAAACAAGAGAUCUUCAGCAACUUCUGAUGCUACAGUGCAAGAGGAACGCUUAAUACAAGCAUAAUUUGUGACAUAAAUGUUAUUCAGUACUUUGCUAAUGCAUGAGCAAGGACAAAGUGAUGCAAGCAAGUACCAGACACUAACAUAGUGAUAUUUUGGACCAAGAAAUAUAUAAUGUAUUGAGGAUUCAUUUCAAUUUGAGGAUUCAAGAAGAGGCUACAAGAGUUUAGAAAUAUCCUGCAGUCAGCCCUCAUUGAUCCUCUUUUAAGUAUGCCCAACAGGCAGGAUGAGGUCAAGGGAUGAUGGUGGCAACACCAUGAGUUGUUCUCUCGUUAACCUGUUGCACAAUAUAUUUUCAUGGGGUGUUUGCUUGAAAAUUAUUUGACCACAAAAGGCAAUGAAUGCUCAGUUAUGACAGCCACAUCUCACUUUCCAUGUUCCACCCUAAUAAUUCAUGUUUCAGUUCCCAUUGAAAACACUUUUCCUUGUGAUAAAUGUGGCUGAAAUACAACUAAGCCUUUGCAAUAGUCUGCAUCAGGGUCUUGGAAUAUUCAAGACACCAGAGAUAUCAAGAACUUCCUUGCUGCUCAUCCCUGGCUCUUAUCGAUACACUUUCAUCAGAACAAACCCGUUUCCUCUCUGAGUCACAUGCAAAAAAAACAGUGCAAUAAUUUUUAAAUGUUCAAGAUUUUCUAAGUAAGGCUAUUUUGUGACUUUCAUUUGCUUUUCCUUUUCCCUCAUUAAGCAUUAAAAAAUGUGACUCAUCUCAAAUGUGGAGCAUCUUAAACCCGUAGCUCACCGAGACGCGAGUGUUUAUGCAUAUAGUAAAUGUUGGCUGUUUGUCAGGGUUCCUAAAUGGUUGCAAACAAUUGUAAACGGUUGCAACAAGAAAAACAGUUGGCAAAUGUCUGGCCAUACUCUUUGCAACUGGGACCUUAAAAUCUGACAAAAAAACCCAACAUUCAGGCCAGGCACAAACCUCUGCUGCUCUUUGAGUUACACACUUUGAUGAUCAUUGUAGUCAUAGUAAUAUUUGAGUUACUCUGGGAAAUGUAUACUCUGUAUGCAUGUACUGCAUAUUACAUAUAGCAGCUGUUUUCAACUUUUUGAACUUGUGAUUUUAUCUGCAUGUCUGAUUCAGCUGUAGUAACCAGAUUCCAGUAUUUCUGUUUUGAGAGUAUUUUUGAUUGAAUCACAUUUGAAUAAUGACUAUGCAGUAACCUGA